AUGCUAACUUUAGUUCUGAGAGCUUAUGGAACAGAGUGGAGUGUAACUUACGACCAGCAGGAAAUAUGUGCUGUAAAAGGAUCUACAGUUUCCAUGACUGGACGUUUUCAACACCCAGAAGGUCUAAAAGUGACUGAGACGUUUUGGAUCAGAGAUUCCUUUAACAUUUUGAAUUGGACUGAUCUGCGAACAGCGUCUGAUUACUCCGGCAGGGUUGAGUAUUCAGUUAAUGAACAGAAUCACGUCUCCUUCAAACUGAGUAGCGUAAUGAAGAGGGACGAACAGGAGUACUGCCUCAGGAUUAUCACAAACGAAGAAAAGCAAAGAUAUCUGGGACGACCUGGAGUAACGCUCUGUGUUACAGAUCUUCAUGUAGAAUCUCCUGGAGAAGUAACAGAAGGAGAAUCAGCAGUUCUGACGUGUAAAACCACCUGCAGUCUGACUGAUCCAACAUUCAUCUGGUACAAAGAUGGACGUCCUUUAACCACAGAGAUGAUCCAGAAGAAUCAGCAGCUCCACCUGCAGACAGUCAGCAGUGAGGAUGCAGGCAGUUAUAGCUGUGCUGUAAGAGGAUCUGAACAUCUCCCCUCUACUGCUCAAACUCUCAGAGUCAGACAUCCUCCAAAGAACAUCUCAGUGUCCAUCAGUCCCUCUGGUGGAAUAGUGGAGGGAAGUUCAGUGACUCUGACCUGCAGCAGUGAUGGAUACCCACCUGUGGAGAUCUACACCUGGUUUAAAGGAUCAUCAUCAGUAGGAACAGGAGGAACCUACAGCAUUCCCAACAUCAGCUCUGAGGACAGUGGAGAAUACACAUGCCAGAGUCGUAAUGAACUCGGAGAGAGAAGAUCCACUGCUGUCUCUUUAAAUGUUCUGUAUCCUCCAAGGAACGUCUCAGUGUCCAACAGUUCCUCUGGUGAAAUGGUAAAUCUGACCUGUAGCAGUGAUGCUAACCCACCUGUGGAGAUCUACACCUGGUUUAAAGAAGGUGGAGACUCACCUGUAGGAUCUGGACAGAGUUAUGUUCCUCUACAGAGUGGAUCCUACUACUGCCAGGCUCAGAACCAACAUGGAGCUCAGAGAUCAGCUGCUGUUUCAGUGGUUUCUGACAUUCUGAAGAAUUACUAUCAAUCGUUGAUUCUAUACAUAGCUGUUGGAGCUGGUGGAGUUUGUGGGCUUGCAAUCACAUUUAUCACUGUGUUUUUCUGCAUGAGGAGCAGGAGAAAGAGGCAGGCUGGAAACGUGGAUGAACAAAUCUAUGCGAAUGUCAUGCGAGAGACCCGUCCUCCUCAUAAUGAUGAUAAUAAUGAUGAUAAUGAUGAUGAUGAUGAUGAUGAUAUUCUAGACUACGAGAACGUUCCGGAUUCGAGGAAGCAACACUGAGACUGUUGCCAAACAAAACAUCAACAACAGCUGGACAAAACACAGUAUGGAAAUUCUAUUCUAUUCUAUAAACUACAGACAACAUUUCUCCCAAAUUCCAAAUAAAAUAUUGUAAUUUAGAGCAUUUAUUUACAGAAAAUGAGAAAUGUCUGAAAUAACAACAAAAAAGAUGCAGAGCUUUCAGACCUCAAAUAAUGCAAAGAAAACAAGUUCAUAUUCAUAAAGUUUUAAGAGUUUAGAAAUCAAUAUUUGGUGGAAUAAUCCUGGUUGGUUUUUAAUCACAGUUUUAAUUCAUGCAUCUUGGCAUCAUGUCCUCCUCCACCAGUCUUACACACUGCUUUUGGAUAACUUUAUGCUGCUUUACUCCUGGUGUAAAAAUUCAAGCAGUUCAGUUUGGUGGUUUGAUGGAUUGUGAUCAUCCAUCUUCCUCUUGAUUAUAUUCCAGAGAUUUAAAUUUGGUAAA